AUGGCAUUCGCCACUCACUCUUUCGCCCGCGAGUUCACCGUCGCCGCUCACUUCUUCGCCCGCGAGAUCGCCGCCGACCGUUCCAAAUCCCUAGCUGUCGCAGCUCAAUCUUUCAAACUCCUUCGCUCGCAUUUAGCAGCUAUUGUACGAAGCUGUCCUGGCUUCAGACAUGGAGAAUCAAGGUGGCUCCCCAACCUGGUCAGUAAAAUCCAAGAGAGAACUUUGGUAUGUGCAGUAGGCGAAAAUGCAGACGGUCGAAGUAGAUUUGCUGAUAGAGGCACCAGGGGAAGCAAGUCCAAUAGAAGUCCUCUUGCUCAUAAUAAGACAGGUUGUGUCAUCUCCAAUUCUGUCUCCACUCACCAUGAGAUGCUCGCCAGACAGAUAAACGAUCGCGUCAAGAAACGCAGUGAAGUAUUUCUUAUUGUUGUACUCCUGGUGAAGAUCAACUCAUGGCCUCAACUGCAUCUCCCCAGCAAGAAAGUGAUGUUACUACUACACCCACUCGAUCGGGAAACUUUGGUCAAUUUCCAGUUGGUAGGAUCCUAUGAACCAACUUUGGUCAAUUUCAUGGCUGUGAAGGCCAAUUUCGGAGAGAUAUUUGUUCACGUCAUGUUGAGGCAAGAAGCUAGAGAAAACAGUCUGGAUGAUGCAUUCUAUUCCUACAUCAAAAAUCACAAUAAGUGCACUAGAGGUUUAAUACAGAGGAAGAUGCAAAAAUGUUUGGCAAGUCUGGUUGAGGUCCUGCAUAGGGGAGCUGUGGAAUAG